AUGGCAAGCCAGCCAAAACCAUUGUCGAAGGGCCCCGCCGCGGGCAUUGCUAAAAGAGACAUCUCGUCCAUCGACGUGCUCUGGGCCAUGCUCAAUGAUCUCACCGGUAAGGACAAAAUGGCCAAACUCUCGCAGUACUCGUUGCGCUUGUUGUUGUACCACGCCCGAAAAACACAGACUUUUCUCAGCGACGACGUGGUCAACAUCAAGCUGAUUAGCGCCACCUACGCCAGCAACAAAAAAGCGUGGGACCUCCUUGUCAACUUCAUUAAAAAUCCCCGGGCGUUCGCGAAGGUGUUGGUGAUUCUCACAUGCUCCGUGUUCACGUCGCGGCUUUCGGGCUUUGUCCCUGCGUUGGGGCUCUACAGAAAGCUCUUGCGUUUCGGGAAGUCGCCGUUCAGGUUCCACGGCCUAUUCGACAAAGUGAGGAAGCACAUGUACAGGGACUCCAGGGACCAUUCCUGGAGAAUCAGCGAUAAGUUCUUCAACAAGUCCACGCUCGGCGACAGCAUUGCCCUAUACUACAGCCUCAACGACGACAUCGGCAUGUUGUACAAGGUCAAGUUCUUGAGCAACAAAAGAUUGAGGGUUUUUGCGGCGCACCACGAGUCGUACGCAUGGUACUGCGAUUCUUGGUUUGGGCUAUAUAACGCGUACAACAACUUGCAAGGGCUAGCACAGCAGGAGUUUGACAUGAAGAUUUCGAUCCAGGUCAAGAAGCGGUCGCGCACUCUUUCGAGGCAGGUUCUCGGGGCCAAUUCGUUGCAGACCAACGCUUCGCCUUCGGACGAGGAUGCACGAGAUGCACAGGCGCUCAAGGACAUCCAGUUCAGGAUCACCAAUGCCAAGUUGGACAUGUACAAGCUCGUGUCAGACAUUGUGUUCAACUCGUACACCGUUUUCAAUGCCCAGCUCCACUUCGACACGGUCCAGAUCUGGAUGGGUAUCAGCGCGGCGUUGUUCAGCUCGGCCAAGCUAUUCAGAGAAAAAAAGAAAGCUUUGUUGACCGCCGGCUGA